AUGGAAACCAUAUCGAACUAUGACAUAUCCUUCGCUUCCCAUCUCCGCCCUUUCUCUUCGUUCCCGCCAUCAGCCAUCCUUCGAACGUUGCCUGCGGCGAAGCCAUAUCAAGCUGUGGCAACAAUCACCAACAUCGCCUACCCAUUCUGGCUCGUCCAUGACGACUCCACUUCCCUCCGCUCCCACUGCGGUUACCGAGGCUUCGAGCUGAUUUGCCGGAACAACACCCCGAUCAUCCACCUUCCCGCCGGCAACUACACAGUCGCCAACAUCGACUACGAAACCCGUACCAUCUCCCUCGUCGACACCGACAUCGUCUCCGUCCGUGAAGAGUGCCCUCGAGUACAUCACAACCUCACCUUCGAUCCCGACUCAAUUCUGCGCUACGCUCCCUCCGACGUCAACCUCACCUUCUUCUUCGACUGCAUCGACGGCCCACCGGAUCUCCACAUCCCCUACCUCGGCUCCGCUGACGACUUACCUACCCGAUACGGAGGGGUGUUGCAGAGUGGAUUCAAUUUGAGCUGGCCAAACGUGACCUCCGGCGACUGCGGCAGCUGCGAGCGCUCCGGCGGGCGGUGUGGGCUCAACCGGACGAGUAACUCCACCUGGGAUUUCGUCUGCUUCUGCUCGAAUGGAGUAAAGACAUUCCAUUCCCAUUGUGCAGGCUUAAGAUCUCCUCUUCCAUCUAUCCUUUUACUCCUCGCCCUGUCAUCGACUCCACCUUCUUCCUCGGAGAGCUACUAUCGGUAUGCGGAUUGUGCUCCCUACACAUACUCUUGCGGUGGCACUAGGAUCAACAUCAGCUACCCUUUUCGCGUCGACGGCCGUGCCGACAACUGUGGCUACUCGGGAUACUAUGUCGCUUGCAGCGAGGACAAUACUUCCGUGACGAUCGAGAUCGACGGCAAGGGAUACGUCGUCAAGGAUAUAGAUUACUUCAACCGCCUCAUCACCGUCGUCGAUCCACCCUUCGUCAAGCAGUCGUGCCCUCAGCCGUACCAAAACACCAGCAUCGACAUCUCGCUGUACAGCUACAGCGACCGGGACCGGAACGUCACGGUGUUCGUCAAUUGCACCGCCCUCUCACCUCCGAUUCCCGACAUGCAUGACAUAGGUUGCGAGCCGGGCGGCGGCGCCGGGGGUCGUCACGGGUAUUACCAGCUUCCCGGUGAGACCCACAUGGAGAUGUUUGGGAACUGCAGCUCGAUGGUAGUGGUGCCCAUGCACCAAGCAGCGUCGGACGAGAUCCGGUACGGGAAGCUGAGCUUUAGCGACGCAGUGAAGGGGGGGUUCUCGCUGCAUUGGAAGGCAGGGGAGGAGUGGUGUUGUGACUGCUUCAAUUCUGGUGGGCGCUGCGGCUUUGACGCGCUCUCUCCGAACAGCCACACCUGCUUCUGCCCAUAUGGUUCAACCGUUGGAACAUGUUCAGGUGCGCGUUCGGAUACUUCUGCUUGGGUAUAA